AGUCUGCAGCGGAGCCGCUGCAGAGGCUGUAAACGGGGAGGAUUUGUCAUCCGGAGCGGGGCCUUUCCGCGUGUUAUCGCUCUGUGGGAUCUGCAGCUCCUGCGUGGACGUGUUAUUGAGCAAGCCUGCUCUUGAUAUCGGUGUGAACUCGAGGUUGAGGCGAGCGCGCAGUCAGACGGGACGGCGCUGUGUGUGUCUGCGCGAAACGCCGAGUGAAGAAGCUGGAAGCUGGGCCCGCACAUCCAUCCCAGCAGGACUCGGCAUGCAGCUCCAUAGUGCUGUUUUGUUUAUGUCAUCGUGGUCAUGUGAUUCCACUGUUGCAGCACUGUUUGUAAACACAGUCGACACCCACUGGAUGGUGAAGUCGCAGAAGGACACAGUCUAAAAGUCACCUGUGGAGAUGAGUCUCAUUAAACGCCUCUUAAAAAUAUACAUGCUAUGUUAAUAUUUAUGAUUUCCUACAAGCGAAGCAACGUGUGUGGUCAACAGAACAUAAGGUUGAUCCUGGAAGGAGUUUAAUCUCCGUUCACAGGUGUUGGGAGGAUGUCCAGCUGCGCCUCACUGCAAAUGUCUGAUCAGUUACAUAAUCCAUUCCAUUUGGGCGUGCAGACGUGGUCAAGACGAUCUGAAGAAGCACAAACAUGUUUGAUGAGCUAAUCUCCGCUCUGGACAACGUGACGAGACAGCGCGUGGCCAUCAAGAAGAUCAGCCCGUUUGAGCACCAGACGUACUGCCAGCGCACUCUGAGGGAAAUCAAGAUCCUGCUGCGUUUCCACCAUGAGAACAUCAUCGGCAUCAACGACAUCCUCAGGGCGCGGCACAUCGACAACAUGAGGGACGUCUACAUCGUCCAGACCCUGAUGGAGACGGACCUGUACAAGCUGCUGAAGAGCCAGAGGCUCAGCAACGACCACGUGUGCUACUUCCUCUACCAGAUCCUGAGAGGCCUCAAGUACAUCCACUCUGCCAACGUGUUGCAUCGUGACCUCAAGCCCUCCAACCUGCUCAUCAACACCACCUGUGACCUCAAGAUCUGUGACUUCGGCCUGGCGCGGAUAGCCGACCCCGAGCACGACCACACAGGCUUCUUGACCGAGUACGUGGCUACGCGUUGGUACAGGGCUCCAGAGAUCAUGCUCAACUCUAAGGGCUACUCGAAGUCCAUUGACAUCUGGUCAGUGGGUUGCAUCCUGGCUGAGAUGUUGUCCAACAAACCGCUCUUCCCUGGGAAACACUAUUUGGACCAGCUCAACCACAUACUGGGCGUUCUCGGCUCCCCCUGUUCGGAAGAUCUGAACUGCAUCAUCAACAUGAAGGCCAGGAACUACCUGCAGUCUCUGCCUUACAAACCCACAAUCCCCUGGGAGAAGAUCUACAACAAGGCUGACUCUAAAGCUCUGGACCUGCUGGGCCGCAUGUUGACCUUUAACCCCAGCAAGCGCAUCAGCGUGGAGGAGGCCCUGGCUCACCCCUACCUGGAGCAGUACUACGAUCCCACAGAUGAGCCCGUAGCGGAGGAACCCUUCACUUUCAGCAUGGAACUGGACGACCUUCCCAAGGAGAAGCUGAAGGAGCUGAUCUUCGAGGAAACGGCUCGUUUCCAGGAAACCUACCAGGGCUCCUGAGGCUACAGUUGAUGCCAAACAGACGCCUGGAACAAGAAGACCCCAAAACAACUUGCUAAAACAAACAAACGACAACAAAAAAAAAAGAAAACUGCAUCUUCAAGAAAACCAACCAAGAGCGAAAACAAGAAAUAUGAACAUUUUACCUGCUUAACUUUCCAUUUCUACUGCAAGAGAGAGAGAGAGAGCUGAGUUUGAAUUAGGUUCCGGUGGCUGGGUCUGUCCUCCUCAUACCGUUUCAGUUGUGUUUGUGUUGAACGCUUCCCCUCCUCUCAUCUCUCGUCCUUUUGGUUAGUUUACUCUCCCACUCUCUCCCGGUUUCGGUGUGCAGUGACUCGCCGCCGCUUCUCCUCUCCUCGUCGAACCCUUUUCUCGCGUCGCAGGCCCGUUUUCUCCUCUCUCUGUAGCUCCCCCCCUCCCCCUCAUAUAUCCACGUACUACUGUAUUAACCGACUCCAUAACUUUCUUGUCUUGAUCCGUAUAAAUUUCAACCCGGAAAAAAAUUUGAGGGCUAAAAGAACAGGGAUGCUAAUCGGGUGUGUGGAUGUACAUAUAAGAGUAUUAAAGCUUUUUCUUUUUUUUUUAAUGUG